AUGACUUCAGAGGACCAUCUUCCAGCGCUCGCUCCAGGGCCUCGCGGCCCCGUCAACAAACAACCAUUCACUCUCAUGAAGCCGAGGAAAAAUUCCACGGCCUGCCUGCCGUGUAAGCAAGCGAAACGGAAGUGCACCGGACGCCCCGCACCUUGUAAAGCCUGUCAGAACACAGACGCUGAAUGCGUUUUCGAUGAGACGCUCGACCUCAGGCGUAAGGUCGCUGCUAGACGCACUCUUGGCGAGCUGGAAUACUAUCGAGGCUUGUUGUAUUCCUUGCUAGAGUCACUCCGCUCUUCGGAUAAAGACAAAGUCAAUCAUAUCUUGGAGACUAUACGCGGCAGCGCUCUGUUAUCCAAUGUUGCCAAUGUUGUGGAUGCCCCAGCCGACUUGAGUGACGCGAGUUCCGAUAACGCCAAACCCCUAGCAAACACAGAUGAUGCCAUAGCUCAACAGGAACGUUUGGCCGCUGAUGCCCACUCUCGAAUAACCCUAGAGAAACUUUGCGACAUCCCCGUAUUCCAAGUGCCGGUCAAGCCUUGGACAACCGUUACCGACGACGGUCAUCUCGUUUCGCAUUUGAUCUCCUUAUACUUCACAUGGGAUCAUCCAUUGUCGCAAAUCGUUGAUCAGACAGUGUUUUUGAGACAUAUGAGGGAGGGAAAUAAGAAUACGGAAUUCUGCACCCCUUUCCUUGUAAAUAGCAUGUUAGCAAUUGCAAGUACAUAUUCUGAUUUUCCUGAAGUUUUUGCUAUCCCCGGAGAUGUGGCCUCUAAAGGUGCAUGUUUCUUUAAUGAGGCAGAGCUCUUAUGGAAAGCGGAAGAAGGUCGUCCAUCAUUGGCCAACAUCCAGGCUCUUGCUCUGAUGAGCCAUGUGCUGAAAUUGAAAGGAAAGCAUGACGUUAGCUGGCUGUUGUUAAGGCAAGCCGUGCAGCUUGGACAAGAUAUCGGGCUUUUUCAGGCCCCGAGGACGGGGCACCGCAAAUGGAGAGACGCGUCUAUUGAUCUGCGAUCUGCUGGAGCAGCGACUGCUUGGGGACUAUUUAUUCUCAAUUCACAAAUGUCCAUGGAAUGUCGGAAAACCGCUAACCUAAAACCACCAAUCUUCGAGCCUCCUGGGAGAGACAAUGUCAGUGACGACAUUGUAUGGAUCCCAUAUCCUCGUUCCAACCAUAUUGAAUACGAGAAGAAGCCUGCCUUACUCCGUGAGAUCAUGAUCCAAACGGUGGGCUUCACGGAACUUGUCGUCAACAUGCAAGAUUUGCUUUUUGAUGGGGCAUUCGAUAUGAAUAUUGGCGACCUAUCUAGGGCGAUAAGUGCUGUGUACACUCGCCUAGAGACGUGGCUGAGAGGCCUGCCCGGCCCACUGAAAAUUGACAAGGAGACUGUACAAGUUCCGCAAGUAUUGAGUCUGCAUAUCAGAUACCAUCAUGCCAUCAUCCUGCUCUUCGAAUUUUUAGUGAACCACGAGGACUUUGUCCCUAUGUUGCUUCCGUCUGAUGUUAACCACGCUCGGUUGAUCCGACUUCAGUCAGCGAAGCAGAUCGCUGACUAUCUUCUCCUAUACCAUGAAGCAUAUGGGCUUAGACAUGUUCCCGGCCAGAUGCUAGAGCCUGCCAAUGCAAGCUCCCUUAUCUUACUCACUGCUUUGGACGAGUGUGAAGAUGAUUUCAAAGAGGAAUUCGUUGAAUUGUGUCGGUUUCUAGUGGCCUUCAGCAAGAGAUUCUCCCUCGCUAGAGAUAUGCUCGCGAAUAUAGAAUCUACAGCCAAGUCCAUGGGGAUCAAACUCCCCCCCGAAGCCGGUACAGUGCUCGACCACAGGAAUUUGGAAUCUUCCCAGUGGUUAUAA